GCGAGCGGCGGCCGCCACGGCGGCGGAGCGAGGUGCCGGGUGCUCCGUUCCGCCCGGCUGCCCCGCCUGGGAGCGGGGUGGGGGCAGGCGAAGGGGAGGGCUGCGGGUGGAAAGGGGCGAGCCCCUCUCGCCCGGGACUGGGAAGAGCGGCCGCGGCGCCGGGCGAGGCGGCAGGGCGAGGCAGUGCCAUGCUGCCUUUGUGCAAAGUUGGGCGGCGGGCGGCGCGCCGCGCGCAGGGGCCCCGCACACCCGCGACCGCGCGCAGCCGUGGCUGCUGCUGAGUGGCGGGGGCCCCCCCGCUCCCCCCGGCCCUUGAAGGCGGAGAGAGCUCGCGUCUCGCUCGGCUUCAGGGUAGGUAAGUCCAGCUGUGAGCCGAGUGUUCUGUUCUUCACUUCCAGCAAGCCAGAUUUGUGGCUCUCAUUUUCUUCCAGACACUGUUCCUAAGUAGCUAACGUGUGUUCUACAUGGAACUUUGUAUCUCAAAGCCACUAUUUCCAGCCAGAUAACUAAGAAAUAUUUCCAGAGAAUAUUAUUGCCAGUAGAAAAUUUUUGCUUUCAAUUUUGAAAGAACUCUUCUAUCCAUAGGCCAACCUAUGUUGCAGUUGAUUAAGGGGUGCAGCUCCCAUAUAAAUGCUGGCAGAUCAAGAACCAGUACACCACCAGUGCCCUACUUCUGGUCACCACCCGACUUCACCCUCAGUGUGUUUGAAACACCUCACAUUUUAUGUCCAGGAGUUUUAUAAAUGGACGCUGACAUGGACUACGAAAGACCCAACGUUGAAACCAUCAAGUGUGUGGUCGUGGGUGACAAUGCCGUGGGAAAGACGCGCUUGAUCUGUGCCAGGGCAUGCAAUACCACACUCACGCAGUAUCAGCUGCUGGCCACCCACGUGCCAACCGUGUGGGCGAUUGACCAGUACCGCGUGUGCCAGGAGGUCUUGGAGCGUUCUCGGGAUGUUGUUGAUGAAGUGAGUGUUUCUCUCAGGCUUUGGGAUACUUUUGGUGAUCAUCACAAAGACAGACGCUUUGCAUAUGGCAGGUCCGAUGUUGUGGUCCUCUGUUUUUCAAUCGCUAAUCCCAAUUCCCUAAAUCAUGUGAAAAGCAUGUGGUAUCCAGAAAUCAAGCACUUUUGCCCUCGAACACCUGUUGUCCUUGUUGGGUGCCAGCUCGAUCUCCGCUACGCCGACCUGGAAGCUGUUAAUCGAGCCAGGCGCCCAUUAGCAAGGCCCAUAAAGAGAGGGGAUAUUUUGCCCCCAGAAAAAGGCCGAGAGGUAGCGAAGGAACUUGGCAUACCAUACUAUGAAACAAGCGUGUUUGACCAGUUUGGGAUCAAGGAUGUGUUUGACAAUGCAAUCCGAGCAGCGCUGAUUUCCCGCAGGCACCUGCAAUUCUGGAAAUCUCACUUAAAGAAAGUCCAGAAACCUUUACUUCAGGCACCCUUCCUACCUCCAAAAGCCCCUCCACCGGUCAUCAAAAUUCCAGAGUGUCCUUCCAUGGGGACAAGUGAAGCUGCCUGUUUACUGGACAAUCCUCUGUGUGCCGAUGUUCUGUUCAUCCUUCAGGACCAGGAACACAUCUUUGCACAUCGAAUUUACCUUGCUACCUCUUCUUCCAAAUUUUAUGAUCUGUUUUUAAUGGAAUGUGAAGAAUCCCCAAAUUGGAGUGAAGGAGCUUGUGAGAAAGAGAAGCAGAGCAGAGAUUUCCAGGAGCAGAUAUUGAGUGUCGACCCAGAGGAGGAAAGGGAGGAGGGCCCGCCUAGGACACCUCAGGCCGAGCAGUGGAAGUCCUCAAACAAGAGCCUAGUGGAGGCUCUGGGGCUGGAAGCUGAGGGUGCAGUCCCUGAGACACAGACAUUGGCCGACUGGAGUAAGGGGUUCAUUGGCAUGCACAGGGAAAUGCAAGUCAACCCCAUUUCAAAGCGGGUGGGCCCUGUGACUGUAGUCAGGAUGGACGCCUCAGUCCAGCCAGGCCCUUUUCGGACCCUGCUCCAGUUUCUUUAUACAGGACAACUGGAUGAAAAGGAAAAGGAUUUGGUGGGCCUGGCUCAGAUCGCAGAGGUCCUAGAGAUGUUCGAUUUGAGGAUGAUGGUGGAAAACAUCAUGAACAAGGAAGCCUUCAUGAACCAGGAGAUUACGAAAGCCUUUCACGUCAGGAAAGCCAAUCGGAUAAAAGAGUGUCUCAGCAAGGGGACGUUCUCAGAUGUGACAUUUAAAUUGGACGAUGGAGCCAUCAGUGCCCACAAGCCGCUGCUGAUCUGUAGCUGUGAGUGGAUGGCAGCUAUGUUCGGCGGGUCAUUUGUGGAAAGUGCCAACAGUGAGGUGUAUCUCCCGAACAUAAACAAGAUAUCAAUGCAAGCAGUAUUGGAUUAUCUCUAUACCAAGCAGUUGUCUCCUAACUUGGAUCUGGACCCGCUGGAAUUAAUUGCCUUGGCAAACAGAUUUUGCCUGCCACACUUGGUUGCACUUGCAGAACAGCAUGCCGUUCAGGAGUUGACCAAGGCCGCAAUGAGUGGCGUGGGCAUUGACGGAGAAGUGCUCUCUUACUUGGAAUUGGCUCAGUUUCACAAUGCCCACCAGUUGGCCGCCUGGUGUUUGCACCACAUCUGCACCAACUACAACAGUGUAUGCUCCAAGUUCCGCAAGGAAAUCAAAUCAAAAUCUGCAGACAACCAGGAAUACUUCGAGCGGCACCGCUGGCCCCCUGUGUGGUACCUGAAGGAAGAAGAUCACUACCAACGUGUGAAAAGGGAACGAGAGAAGGAAGAUAUUGCACUAAAUAAGCAUCACUCGAGACGAAAGUGGUGCUUCUGGAAUUCAUCUCCAGCAGUGGCCUGAAGAGGAAGAGAAAAAAAAAAUCGGUAAUCUGAUCCACCACUUUUCAAAGCACUACUGUAAAAUUCGUCUUGUUAGAGAUACGACAUAGUUCAGGUUUCAGACACUGACCUUCCUCCACUUUUGUGCAUUUAUCUUUGUUAGGAUCAAAGCACAAGCUCACCAUCAAUGAGCCUGGACAAAAAGGGAAGCUGACUCUCACUGCAUUCCUUAAACUGAUAUGUAUAUUUUUUUUGUUAGGAGGCUUAAUAAACUUUAGUCUGUUAUUUUGUUUCUUUUUAUACAAAGAAAAAAAAUCCAGCUUUCAUGUUUCUGAUUCCAAAUUGGAAAAUAUUUUUAUAUGGUCUCUUGUAUUUUGUUGAAAUGAAAAUACUGUGUAUUACUUUAUUUUACAGGCCACAAUUGACUAUGAAGUCACCCUGUGAUUCUCUUUGCCCACAUGACCACCGAGCAUUAUUACGUAAUUAGAGGGUUAUCCUUUUGUUGUGAAGGGAAGGAGGGGACUGAAAUCCCCCAAAGUGCAAAUUAGAGAGUGUUUAAUCUUUGUUCUGUUGAAUAACAUCGGUGUAAUUACAAAGUCAACUCCAAGAAUGUGUAUUUACAAUAUUUGCCGUGUUAAGUGCUGGUAAUUAUAUGGUUAUAUGUGCCAUGUAAAAUAUAGUGAUAUCAAAUAUUCUGUUGUUUCCAAUGUCUAGUUGCAAGAGGAUAAUCUUUAUAAUCAUUAGAAGGGCUUAUUAAAUCCCAACAUUAUCCAGGGCAAACUCACUGGUGGACCUGAAUACGUAAGAUACCGUUAGCGCGCUGGUGUUCCGAUUGCUGUAUUAGGGUUUACGUCUCUCAGUAUUCCUUGAACUUGCCAUGCUUCUGCAUGCAGAUUCUUCACUGACUUGAAUUGAGAUGGGCAAGGGAAAAGGUCCCUGGACUCCCUCCUGCCAUCUACAGGCUUGUCACAUCUCACCACCAGAAACAGGCUUCCUCAGGCUUCUCACCUGUGGCCAACUUCACUUUGUAAGACCCAUAUUUUUAACUCUUCCCAGGGAAAAUUCAUGUUUCUGCAGAAGUAGGCUAAGGCAGACCACCCACUUCUGCUGAAAUGCAUUGGGAGCCUGUGAAAGCACACAGCUGGAGGCUGGGCGCCUGCGUUCUCCUACACGGAAAGGAAUCUCAUUCCAAGAGUCUAGGAAAUGGUGCUAUUGUGAGUUAGUUCUGACUCUUUCUCAUUCUGAGUUUUCAGUGUUAAACUAGGAAGUGUGAGAGCAGGGGAGCUUUUGUGAGGCAGUCAGUCAUUGCUUCUCUGCAAAGUAAAAUGUGACAGCACACAUACACACACAGAGGGCAUUUCGAGGCCACAGCUCCACACCUGCCAUGGGAUGUUAUGUGGCAGCGGAUGGGGCUCAUUCUGUUGGGAGGUCAAGUUACCAAUGCCAAGGGCUGUUGAUUUUGUUUUUAUUUUUAUUUUUUCUUCUAGCUUUUCAGAAGAUGGAAAUGAGACAGUUAAGUCCAAACCCCAAUGUUGACAGCCAUAUGCAUUUGAAAAUCUAUCUAGAUUACAGACGGGCAUUUAUUACUGGCAGUGGAAACACACCAGAUAGAAGAUCCUGGGAGAGGCCCAGAAAUGCAGCACCUUGUCAUGACAAAAGAGGAGGCAGCAGAGGAAGGAUAGUUACAAAUGCAUCCACCUUAAUUUUUUUCAGUAGGCUUGUACAUCUUAUUAAUGGAAGGAGAAAGGAGACAGGAGAGGAUAAAUGUCAAGAUGCAGAAGAAUUGACAUGUAUCCCAUCAUAAAAUGGUAGAAGUUGAGUUUUCAAUGAGUAGUCAUAGUUGAAUUUUUACAACCAAAGCUCCCAUUUGAUUGUAAUCUUGCCAAAAUGUAAUGGAUGUAUAAAUGAACUUGGGGUAUAAGCAAUAAUAUCCACUGGUGUUGUUAUCAGCUGCUGUAACCAAGUGGCUGGUUCAUUUGGUUGAUGCUGAUUAUGGCCUUUAACCAUGGUGGUUUCUUGUGUGUUUUUUAUUUCACAAAAAGCCAAUAAAAUUGUUUAGCUAUAAAA